UGAGCUCUAUUCGAACCGGCUGUCCGGCCCUAUUCCCGCCAGCCUAGCUGGUGCCUCUGCCCUUGAAUCAAUAGCAUUGGAUGAAAACGGCCUCUCAGGUCCCAUCCCACCAGCGCUCGGGAACCUUCCCAAUCUCGCCGCACUCUAUUGUGCAGGCAACUCCCUGCAAGGCCCCAUCCCUGCCAGCUUUGGUCGCCUCAACACCCUCAUGUACCUGGACCUGAGUUACAACAAGGGCAUCAACGGAUCCGUCCCAGCCUUCUUGGGAAACCUCUGGUUGCUCGAGUCCCUGGCUUUCGAGUAUUGCAACCUGACCGGCCCCAUCCCGCCAUCUCUAGCCUCCCUCCACCUCCUCGUUGAAAUCUUCCUCUCCUCCAACCGCCUCUCGGGCCCCAUCCCAGCAACUCUCGGCAGUCUCGCGUCGCUCAACAAGCUCUGCCUUUUUCCCUGCCCGGCUUUCGAGUGUUGCAAUCUCACAGGCCCCAUCCCACCGUCUCUAGGCGCCCUCACCCGCCUAGUGGAGAUCUUUCUCGACGGAAACCGCCUCCCUCUUGCUGUCCCUGCCACUCCCUUCCUUCCUAUCAGGGCUUUCGAGUAUUGCAACCUGACAGGCCCCAUCCCGCCGUCUCUAGGCGCCCUCACCCGCCUAGUGGAGAUCUUUCUCGACGGAAACCGCCUCCCUCUUGCUGUCCCUGCCACUCCCUUCCUUCCUAUCAGGGCUUUCGAGUAUUGCAACCUGACAGGCCCCAUCCCGCCGUCUCUAGGCGCCCUCACCCGCCUAGUGGAGAUCUUUCUCGACGGAAACCGCCUCCCUCUUGCUGUCCCUGCCACUCCCUUCCUUCCUAUCAGGGCUUUCGAGUAUUGCAACCUGACAGGCCCCAUCCCGCCGUCUCUAGGCGCCCUCACCCGCCUAGUGGAGAUCUUCCUCGACGGAAACAACCUUUCCGGCCCCAUCCCAGCAACUCUCGGCAGUCUGGAGUCGCUCAACAAGCUCUAUCUCGGGAACAACCGCCUCACUGGGAGCAUCCCGGCAGAGCUGUGCCAUCUGUCGUAUAUCUACGACCUCAACCUGGGUCACAAUGAGCUCAAUGGGACGGUUCCGGCGUGCCUGCCUGCCCUCCCGCGUGUGACAUUGCUGUAA